GUAAUGGGUCACCGAGGGGCAUUCCAAGUGAAAUUGUUGUUUUUCGCGUACGAGCAACAAGUCUGGAAGACUGGUUCCGGCUGAAACCAACGAGAUCAGUCAACAAGGAGUCUUCGAGACGGUCACACAUCCUGGCCUGAUCCAGGCCGACCAUGGCUGUCGACUUCAAGUCGAUCCUGCGCCUCGUGUUCGGUUUAUCAAUGAUUUUUAUUAUGAAUCGGGUCAUGGCUCGACCGGAUCGCGGUGAUUUUGAAUUUCUUCCUGGAAGAAAGGCUAAUUCCUCUGUGGGAAGGGGUAACUGGACCGUCGAUGAAAAAAGUCGAGAAAUGAGGUAUCUGAAUGAAGACAAUAUGUUAUUAAGCCUAAUUAGCGGUGAUGAAAUGAUCGAUAAGGAAUACAAAGGAUUUUCUAUUGUGGAAAUGGUCGAGUCAAUGUUUUCCGCCGUAGCUAACGGUAUCGGUUCUUUCAUGACCAGCAUCAUUGGUCCAGAGAAAAAUCACAAGUCCCGGUCUGCGAGAGUUAGUUACAAAAAUUAUCAAUUGAUUAGAUUAUUGCCUAAUACUCAAGGACACGUGAACGAGUUGAAGGAACUUAAGGAAACCGAGCCAGAAGACAUCAAAUUCUGGACUGAACCAAUGUAUAAUAAAACAACGGACGUAGUCGUUUCACCGGAUCUCAUCUCCGAUCUUAAGAUGUUCCUCAAAGACAGAGCAAUUGAUUUUCAAGUACUCAUACCGGAUCUUCAGAAAAUGAUAGCUUAUCAAAAUCCCAAAAUGACAAAGGAGCAGCGCGUAGAUCUUCUUAGCACUCAUGGCCAUAGCAUGACUUGGAAAAGAUAUCAUCGAUACGGAGAAAUUGUUAAAUAUUUGGAAUAUUUAGCCCUUCGAUAUCCAAAGAUAGUUGAACUAAUAACGAUAGGUCAUAGCUAUGAAGAACAACCGAUUAAGAUGAUUAAAAUUUCAACCGGGCCUAACAAAAAGGGUAAAGCUAAACCGGCGAUCUGGAUAGAUGCUGGUAUGCACGCACGUGAAUGGAUCGGCUCCGCUGUGGCGACCUACAUCGCCAAUCAGUUAGUCGAGAAGAACACGAGUUACGCCAAGUUGCUGGACAAUUCAGACUGGAUGAUCUUACCGGUCGCGAACCCGGAUGGUUACGAGUUCAGUCAUACCGGUGACAGACUGUGGAGAAAGACAAGAAGCAAUCAUGCCGAGAAUCAAGAAAAUAGCCGUUUUCUUCAGCUAGUAAACCACUACACGAAGUGGUUGUGGGGUAAAUGCGAGGGUGUUGACCCGAAUAGGAAUUUCGGUUACCAUUGGGGCGAGGUGGAUGAAGGUGGAGCAAGCUUGGACCCUUGUCACGAGACUUAUGCUGGCCCACGUCCGUUCUCCGAACCGGAAACCAAAGCGAUGGCUGAUUAUAUUCUGGCUAAUAAGCAGAAUAUUAAGAUGUACCUGACUUUACACUCUUACUCACAAAUGUGGCUAGUACCGUGGGGGUAUACAUACUCGAAGCCGUCUGACUAUUCCGAAUUGUUUAAUAUGGCUAAGAAAGCGGUAGGGGCAAUUUCAAAAGUACAUGGAACUGAUUAUGAACUUGGACCAUCGUCUGAUCUCUUGUAUCCAACGUCAGGCGCUUCAGAUGAUUGGGCAAAAGGCGUAGCUGGAAUAAAGUACGUUUACACUGUGGAACUUCGUGAUCGUGGCACUUACGGCUUUUUACUUCCGGCGUCGCAGAUCGUACCCACCGCUCGUGAAAUUUGGGCCGGAAUAAGAACGAUCGCGCGUCUAGUCACUGGCAGCACGUGAAAUCGAUAAAUGAAACAUUGAUCACAAAAAUUCCAAGCACUGCUACUUACCGAUCUGCUUCUCCCAUCGAUAGUGAUAAGAAACGUGACUGGAAUAUCGGUCGAAGAAUCUGGCAGACAGCGAUAAUUUGUGCACCAUGUAUUGAUAAACUUGACACAGAGAUUGAUCAAAAUCGGAGAUUGCGCAUGUUUAAUUAUGUUUUAUUACCAAAUUUUCUGGUAGUAAAGUUCAACAAGAAUUACUUAUCUUUAAAUUCUGUAUUGUAACAGAUGCGUCGUUAUAAUAGUAGAAUUGAGCAAACAUUAUUGCUAUUCAGCAUAAACUUUCGUUUGUACUCUCUAGAAUGAUGUGUAAAUAUUGUAAAGUAUUAACAGAAUUA